AUGGCGGAGAAAAGCGAGUUGAUACCUGUUAAUGAUAUUGUGGACGAUGAUGAGCGUCUUAUAGAGAAAGUUCGAGAAAAGGUGAGUAUGGAUGUUGUUUUGGACAAAAACUGGUCAAUCGGUGGCAACCUAGAAGAGGUUGAUGCGUCAAUACCUGCCCUACUUAUUAAAAAGAAUGGCGAAUGGGGUGCAGUUAGAGUUGACACUAGUCCUGUCCUGAAUGAAGUGACGGGCCCUACUAUUGCCUCUGGAUUUUCUUUACUUGUGAUCAAGCCUGGAGAGACGUGCAGAUUCUACCGCGAACCUUCAAAUUCCUCCAGCUCCGAUGGUGAAAUCUGCGGUAUGGGAAGGCCAUCUUGGGUGACCUUCUGGGCUAGGUCUCGGGCCUCCAGUGUAGGUCUGCGCGACGACCGUAUGGUCUUCAUACGGUCGAACAUGACUUUAUUGAUAAACGUGCAAGCUUCGGACCACUGGUUGCAGCAGUUGGCAAGAGCCGCUAAAUGCCCACCUAUCCUGUCUUUAAGUGUCUCGGCUGUGGCAUAA